GAUUGUAGAUUUGUUCUCCGCUUCUGCUUUGGGAAACAUUCAUCUCUCAAGUUGUUGUCUGAAGAGUAGAGAUAAAGAUCUCGUCAAGGGACGCACAGGAAACAACAUCUGCACUUCUGCUUCUCACCGCCACUUAUUACUGUAGUACAACUCUGCUGGUGGCAGGGCAGCACAUCACUCCUCGUCUGAGAGCGUCACCAUCUAGACUCAGGGAAAAACCUUGCAGGCUAAUUUGGACUUUAUCUGAUUCAAACGGGCAUCACUGAGACAUCACCAUGAACAUCAGCGACGUUUACGCAACCACAGCGGCUGAUUAUUCAGGUUACUACGACAGUAAUGACAACUAUACUGAUCUCUGUCCGGAAUCUGAUAUAAGGACAUUUAGUAGAGACUUUGUGGUGACUAUCUACAUUUUGGUGUUCAUCCUGGGAUUCCUAGGAAACAGCCUAGUUGUGUGUGUCCUGGUAAAACACCGCAACCAAACCAACAUGACUGACAUGUGUCUCCUCAACCUGGCCAUCUCCGACCUCAUCUUCAUCUUCACUCUCCCGUUCUAUAUCCACUACACUAUGGUUGGCAAGUGGACCUUCGGCGACUUCAUGUGCCGUUUCCUGUCGUGCUCCCACCAGACCGGCUUCUUCAGCAGCAUCUUCUUCAUGGUUGUCAUGACGCUGGACCGCUAUGUGGUCAUCAUGUAUGCUCACAAGGUGGCGCGGUAUCGCACGAUGAAGGCGUGCUGUACUCUGAUUGUGUUCGUUUGGAUCCUGAGCUUCUGGGUGUCUCUGCCAGCUUUCUUCUUCUCAAAGUUAGUGGACCAGGGCGAAACGCUCGACUGUUUGUAUAGCCCGGAGAGCGAGUCCUGGCUUCACUAUGACCUGUUUGCGACAAAUGUUCUGGGUCUCGUGAUUCCCAUGCUGGUGAUGGUGGUUUGCUACUCGAGAAUCAUCCCCACUCUGGUGAACAUGAGGACGACCAAAAAGCACAGAGUCGUCAGGCUCAUCAUCUCCAUAAUGAUCAUCUUCUUCUUGUUCUGGGGUCCCUAUCACAUUUCCCGCUUCUUGAAGUUUAUGUACUCCAACAAUCUAAUUGAGGGCGACUGCAGCACGGAGACGAACAUCAAGGUGUCAACCAUAGUGUCCGAGAGCAUCGCAUACACGCACUGCUGCCUGAACCCCAUCAUCUACGCCUUUGUGGGACAAAAGUUCAUGAGACGAGCCAUGCAGCUGCUGAAGAAGUGGGCACCUGGCCCAAUGAGUUUCACAGAGAGCUCAUUCAGGAGAAGCUCGGUUCUGUCCAGGUCCUCUGAUGUUACCUCCACUGUCAUCGUAUAGGAGCUACAGGUGGACGUACCCGGACUUUGGAUAUCUGCAGAGACUGAUCAGGCGUUUCAGAUCAAUCAGUGCCCAUGUCACAGUUUCAUCAUCAGUAUCUUUUCACAAGAUCUCCGUACAUCCUGUCAACCCUUUGAUUUGCUUUUCCAACCAACAUAUUUCAUCCGCCUUCUGACGUUGGAAGCAGACCACACUUACAGUUUGUAACCACAAUGAUCUUCGUUGUACCUUCAGAUGUCACAGUUCUUUUUCUCUUCUUCACACAUUUAUGAACUAAUGCAAAAAAUGAAAAAAAAAAUGCUUUACAGUACUAAGCUUUUGCGUCAAACAGUUUGGCACACCUUUUUUGCAGUUGCAGAAGACUGCCUGCUUGGUGUGCAAUUUCAAAAUUUGUUGUAAAUCUUCAAAUGUUAUCAAAAAAUGUUGCAUUUUAUUUUCCUGUCUAUAAGUUACGAUUUGGUAUGCUGUUUAUAAUAAAACCACUUUGUGCUGUA